UCCUGUUUUAGCCUACUUUGAAACCAACCUGCGCACUGGUGUCAUUGCUGCUCAUUGACGAUGGCUUUGACCCGGUUCGAGAGGUUCUUGGGCCGCCUGCUUCGGGCUGUGAUGUGGAUGCUGUUCGCCACUUUUAAGUUAUUUGCACCCCAGCCACGGCAUGCCGGCGUUUCCCGACUCCCUCCUAUAACUAACCCACUCCUGCUACUCUCAGCGAUGCAGCUUGCCCGAAAGAUUCGUCGGAAAGAGGUAACUAGUGUUGAAGUGGUCCAGGCCUACAUUGACCGCAUUCAGGAAGUCAACCCACUUAUUAAUGCAAUGGUUAAGGACAGGUUUUCCUCAGCGCUUCAUGAGGCUGCACAGGUAGAUAAACUAAUAGAGGAGGAGACGGGUGGAGAGGACGUGUUGGAGGACAGACUACCUCUGCUUGGUGUGCCCAUCACUGUCAAAGAGGCUUUUGCACUACAAGGCAUGCCGAACUCAACAGGGUUGUUGACCAGAAGGGAUCUAGUUUCAGGGGUAGAUGCUCCAUCUGUUGCUUUGUUGAAGAGGGCGGGAGCGAUUCCACUGGGUGUGACUAACUGCAGUGAGCUCUGUAUGUGGCUCGAGUCUCACAACCACCUCUAUGGCAUCACUAACAACCCCUAUGACCUAGACAGAAUUGCUGGUGGCAGCUCAGGAGGUGAGGGCAGUAUAUUGGGUGCAGGUUCCUCUGUGAUUGGAAUUGGGUCAGAUAUUGGGGGUAGUAUCCGCAUUCCCUGCUUUUUCAAUGGCAUCUUUGGACACAAGCCAUCAGUAGGUAUCGUAAGUAAUGAUGGGCAGUAUCCUCCAGCCUCUGGGCAGCAGAUGGGAUUUCUAUGCACUGGGCCUAUGUGCCGCUAUGCUGAAGAUCUAAUUCCCAUGCUAAACAUCAUGGGAGGACCAAAUACACAUAAAUUGUCUCUCUCUGCAGAUGUAGAUUUGAAAAAGAUGAGGUUCUUUUCUGUUCCCCACAAUGGAGGCUCUCCUUUGGUCUCCCCAGUGGAUGCACAACUGCUCCAGGCCCAAAGGAUGGUGGUUAAACGUUUAGAGGCAGACCUCGGCAUCAAAGUUCAAGAGCUAAUCAUCCCUCAGUUCAAAUACUCCUUUCAGAUCUGGGGAACUAUGAUGUCUUUACCUGGCAAGGAUGGAAAGCCUCCCACUACCUUUGCUGAUCUAAUGAGUGAAGGCGGAAAGAAAGUGUGGCCUACCUGGGAGCUGUUCAAGUGGUUUCUAGGGUUCUCUUCUCACACCUUGGCAGCAAUAGGUCUGGCUUUAGUUGAGCUAUUCCAGAGUUCCCAUCCAUCUCCAUUCAUUGUACAGCAGAAGGACAGUCUGCAACAGGAAUUAGAUGAGUUAUUGGGCACAGACGGAGUGCUACUGUACCCUUCUCAUCCCCACAUUGCUCCCAAACACCACCACCCAAUCUUCACGCCUUUCAACUUCUCUUACACUGGUAUCUUUAAUAUCUUGGGUCUACCAGUGACCCAGUGUCCAUUAGGGUUGAGUGCGGAGGGCUUGCCUCUAGGAGUACAAAUUGUGGCUGGAAAACUACAGGACCGUCUCUCUUUGGCUACUGCCCUCUACCUGGAGAAAGCUUUUGGUGGCUGGAGGGAACCAGGCAGCACAGCUGCCAAAUCUUAACCCAUCUCGUGCAUCGUCAUAUGAAACAAUUUGACCACAUAACCAACAACACAUACCACACACACAGCGUGUGUAGCCAUCCAAAGCUUUGUCCCAUUUGUUCAGAAUGCAUUUUACAUUAACUGAAAUAUUUUAUAGGGCUGCAUUUGUGUUUCCGUGAUAUCAUAUGGAAGCUUGGUAAUAUAAAAAAAUGUUGGUGGGUAUUUCAUAUUAUGACAUUGAGUGGAUGCCAGAUCCAGGAAAGUUUGUGUAUGAAAGCUAUUUACUGUACAUGAGACAGCUUAUUACUUGAUAAUUAAUUGACAAAUUAAGUCAUUUUAUAACAGUACUGGUUUACUUUCAUGCACUAAAACUAAAACUUUGGAACAAA